AAGAAACGGGGUGGUCGCAUCUCCCACACAGUGCUGUUGAGUCAACUUAGGCUCGGAAAUGACGAAAUUCGCAGGACGACUCUUCGCCUUGGCCGUUUUUUUGACGUGCUCUAUCGCUCGAGGCUCUCCCGGAGAAGACCUCAACAGCCAAUCGAGUUGCCACCGGAGAGUGCUACUAGACUUCUUCGACGACUUGCAAGACUGUGUCAACACAAAAGAUGUCGGCGACCUCGUCAACUUCAUGCGGCAUUUCUGCAAGGCAAAGUAUACAGCGAAGCCACCGUGUGAAGUGGACGAAGGCGUUCGGGAACGUCAACCUCUUUCGUCUCGGGAGUUUAAGCACCUCUACACAGCGAUGCGACAGUUUGUUUGUGACGGAGAACUGCACACAUGGCAAGGCGGUGGCAUGAACUAA